AUGGCAACCUGCGUUUGGGCUACUGGCGGCACGCAAUUCCGAUUCCGGACACCGGACCCGCAGACAGAGAAGGGGUCAGGAGGAAAGCAGAAGCUUCUUGGAUUGCCUCUGUUCACGUUUCUCUUCGCCACGGAUCCGCCGAACGUCGUGGAGCACUACGAUGGUUGCUUUGCAGCGAUGAGAGACCGGUUCCCAGACAGCGAGAUGCUCGUCUUCGAGCUUCCUGGAUUUGGCAUGUCACACUCACAGCGGUCUUCGAUCGACGAUCUGGCGCAAGACUUGACAAACUUUAUCCUCAAAGUCAAGCAGGACCACUCUGAAUCGGACAUGGUUCUAGUCAUGCCCUGUGUCAGUGCUCUCUUUUGCCCUUUGGUACUUCCUAACCUUCCACUGGGCACUGUGGAGCACCUGGUGGUGGUGCAGUGCGCGGACUACGCAGGAGAGCUGCGCUGGGCCAAUGGCGUCAAUUCUGGGGGAAUGCUGUCACUUCCCGGCCUGGCCCGGCUGUACAACUACCUGAAUGCCAAGGCAAUCAGCGCCAACUGGUACAAAGCCACUUUCCCAAAGCGCGGAAGCUACCAUGAGUGCUGUGGAUGCAAGACUGCAACAUCGCAGCUGGAGACAGAUGUUGAUCAAGGGGCCUUGCAAGCGCGAUCCUGGUUCUCCUCCGUCGCAGCAAGGGCUUUCGAUAAGGGUGCCCGAUUUCCUCUUGCUUGGUGUUUGCAGCGGCUAUUCUAUGCACCACCCCCUGCAUCAAAGCUCGUUCGCGUUCUGCGAGAGGGUAGAGGAACGAUUCAAAUCAACACCUUGAUGAUUUGGGGCAUGCAGGAUGGAACUCAUCGUGCGAACCUUGCAGAUGAGAAAGAUGCACCUUCUUUCGCUCGUUAUGUUUCUGCGCCCCUGGUGCAGCACAGGUGCUUCUCAGACUCUGCUCACUUUCCCGAGCUUCAACACCCUCAACAGUUUGCAUCUGCGGUUUACGACUUCGUUCAGCGAUCUGAGAGAUCUCCUGCUUGUGCUGGCAAAGGCUCAGGUGGCAGACAGCCACCAGUUAGAGCUGCAAGCAGAUUGUAG